AUGGCCAUCGUUGAGGCUGCGCAGUUGGAGACUCGCCGUCAACCUGCGUCUCCACCACCAUCAUCAACAUUAUUCCAGGCCACCAUCAGGUCUGAGCCUCUUUGCAUACUCACCGGCUUGGGUGCAGAAGGCCCUCUUGCCUCUCCGCGCAAACGCAUAUCACGCGCAGACGCUACCAGUGCCGUCUCCCCCUUUACCUGCCAACCAUUGUCAUGUUCAGAUAACUCCAAUCACCCCCAGUCGAGGUCAACCUCGCUCGCUUUCAACUACGACGUCUUCAACGGCAGUCCGCGGAGGCCACCUCCCACCUCCAUCAUGAAGAGAGGCGGCAAUACCCUACAAGAAGAGGAGGAGACACUCAUGAGUGGGAGCCGGCGAACCUCCAAUGAUCCUUAUCCAAGACCUUCAGAAGAAAGCGUGUCCACUGUCUCGACAGCGUCGCUUGUUCUCGAGAGCCUAAACUCUGUCUUUGCCGCAAAGGAGCCUCCUCAACAGCCCUCAAACUACCGAGACGACGAGAGCGAUCUCGAGCUACCUCGAUUCAAUGACAAGAACUACACCAUUGGCAGCCAACGCAUGUCCAAAGGUCUUCGUCGAGCAGUCUGGAUAGUCUCGAUUGUUGGCAUCAUCGGAUGGGUGCUGGCUGUGGUGUUCUUUGUGGCGGGUGGUCGGUAUAAGCAUGCGUCCACUCUGGAUUACGACCACGAUACACCCAUGAAGAGUUCGGCAAAGAAAGUCACACUCGCAGAACUACAGUCGGGGCAAUGGUUGCCCAGGUAUGCCAAUAUUGAAUGGACACCCGGACCCAGCGGAGAGGAUGGGUUGCUGUUGGAGAUCAAUCAGCCAAACCAGGAUUAUUUGGUGGUGGAAGACAUCCGAAGUGGUACAUCAUCCCAAGCAAACGCCUUUAAACGUACCACCUUGGUGAAAAGCGGUUGGAUCAAAUACGGCGGACAGCAGCUUUGGACGUCAGAAUCCUGGGUGAGUCCAGACAUGAAACAUGUGCUUCUGAUGGCGAGCCCGGAAAAGGUCUUUCGACAUUCUUUUCUUGGACUGUAUUUUAUCCUGGAUGUUGAGACACAGAAUGUCCAGCCGUUAGAUCCAGCAUUGCCGGAGACCAAGAUUCAGCUGGCACAGUGGUCGCCUAGGAGUGAUUCGAUUGUGUUUACGAGAGAUAACAAUCUCUACCUCAGACACCUCUCGUCGCCACAAGUGACAACGAUCACGACCGACGGAGGCCCCGAGUACUUCUAUGGCAUUCCCGACUGGGCCUACGAGGAAGAAGUCUUCGCGACCAACACGGCCACUUGGUGGGCAACCGACGGCCAGUAUCUGGCUUUCCUGCGCACGAAUGAGACCACUGUCCCUGAAUACCCCGUUCAAUUUUUCCUGUCCCGUCCCAGCGGGAAGAAACCCAUUGAAGGGCUCGAGAAUUACCCAGAGGUGAAAGAGAUCAAGUACCCAAAGGCUGGAGCCCCGAACCCUAUUGUUGACAUGCUGUUUUAUGACAUUUCCAAAGGCGAGGUGUUUUCUGUCGACAUUGAGGGCGGUUUCCCCGACGAAGACCGUAUCAUUUUCAAUAUUGUAUGGGCAGACGGUGGAAAAGCAUUGGUCUCGGAGUCGAAUCGAGAGAGCGAUCGUGUUAGGGUUGUCUUGGUAGACGUCCCCACUCAAACAGGCCAUACCGUGAGGGUCGUGGACCUCAAAGACGUCGAUGGCGGCUGGAUCGAACCUACCCAGCAUACCAGAUACAUACCUGCUGACCCGUCCAAGGGGCGAGCGGAGGACGGCUAUGUCGACAUCGUCAUCUCUGACAAUGGUAACCACCUGGCCUAUUUCUCUCCCCUCAACAGCUCAACUCCGGUCAUGCUGACCAGUGGCGGUUGGGAGGUGGACGGUGGGCCGGCAGCCGUCGACCUGGAAAACAACUUGGUCUAUUUUGUUGCGGCCAAAGAAGCGCCAACUCAACGCCACUUGUAUAGCGUCAAAUUGGAUGGGACAGGCAUGAAGUCACUCGUGCCUACUGAUGAAGCUGCAUACUGGGAGUCAAGCUUCUCUUCCGGCGCAGGCUAUGUGAGUCUGAAAUACACUGGGCCUGGCAUUCCUUUUCAGAAAGUCGUCUCUACGCCAACCAAUCCGGACAAAAUCGAGGAAAUACUAGAAGACAAUCAAGAUUUGGCCAAGAUGGCCUCGUCCCACGCGCUUCCACAUCAGGUGUUCCAGAACAUCACCAUUGAUGGUUACACGCUGCAGGUGGUCGAACGGCGGCCUCCUCACUUUGACCCCAAGAAGAAAUAUCCCGUCCUCUUCUACCUCUACGGCGGACCCGGCUCACAAAUGGUCAACCGCCGCUUCCACGUCGACUUUCAAUCGUAUAUCGCCAGCUCACUUGACUACAUCGUGGUUACCGUUGAUGGCCGCGGGACUGGCUUUAUAGGCCGCAAAGCCCGCACUAUCGUCCGCAAUGAACUCGGUACCUAUGAAGCCCACGAUCAGAUAGCCGCUGCAAAGGCGUGGGCCGGCAAGCCGUACGUGGACGCUGACCGCAUGGCUAUUUGGGGCUGGUCGUACGGUGGCUUCAUGACAUUGAAAGUCCUGGAAACGGAUGCGGGCGAAACUUUCAAAUACGGCAUGGCGGUCGCGCCUGUGACGGACUGGCGGUUCUAUGACUCCAUCUACACUGAACGAUAUAUGCGCACCCCUCAGAAUAACCCUCUCGGCUACUCCAAAUCAGCCGUCAGCAACGUCACGGCGAUAUCGCAAAACGUGCGGUUCUUGAUCAUGCACGGCGUUGCGGAUGACAACGUUCACAUGCAAAACACUUUGACUCUACUAGACAAAUUUGAUCUGGCAGGCGUUGAGAACUACGACGUGCACUUCUUCCCCGAUAGCGAUCACUCGAUACAAUUUCACAAUGCAAAUCACAUUGUGUACGAUAAGUUAGCGAACUGGCUGGUUAAUGCGUUCAAUGGGGAGUGGUAUCGGACCGAGGAUCCAAAGCCAGUUGACUUGGGAGUUUAG